UAGGUUUUGAACCCGAAUUCAUAUUCCACAUACCCACUAUAAAAGCCUUCUGCAAUUCAAAUUCUUGUAAGUAUAAAAAAAUAGUAGGGUUUUCUCAGAUUCAGUGAGAGGCUAUAGAACGAGAGAGAGCAAUGGAGAGGAGAAGGCAUGAACAUGAUUUCGAAGAAGAGUGGAGGGAGGCGGGAAUUUCGAGAGGGUAUUCUUACACUGACUACAACGUCAAUGGCCGCAAUAUAGAGCGCAUCGUAGAACCGGAAACGGUGGAGCAGGUGUUCAAGAACCUGGAGGUGCCGUCAUGGAGGAAGCAGAUAACGAUUAGGGCAAUGGUGACCAGCAUCGUUCUCAGCUUUGUCUUCAACUUCGUAAUCUGCAAGCUUAGUCUCACCACUGGUAUCAUUCCCUCUUUCAACGUCGCUGCGGGGCUUCUCGGCUUCGCCUUCGUCAAAGCCUGGGUUUCGCUCAUUGAAAAGUUCGGACUCUUGAAGCAGCCUUUCACUCGACAGGAGAACACUGUCAUUCAGACUUGCGUGGUAGCCUCCUCCGGGAUUGCUUUUAACAAUGGAACUUCAAGUUAUUUGUUGGCAAUGAGCUCAAUCGUGGCUGAUCAGGCGGAUAGGGACAUUCCAACCAAUGUGAAGUCUCUCUCUCUUGGUUGGAUAAUUGGGUUUCUCCUUACUGUGAGCUUCGUUGGCCUUUUCUUAAUGGUUCCCUUGACAGAGAUGAUGAUCAUCAAGUAUAAGUUGACAUAUCCAACUGGAACUGCAACUGCCUACCUUAUCAAUAGCUUUCACACUCCAAGAGGAGCCAAGCUAGCAGGGCAGCAAGUUUCUGCGCUCUUCAAAAGCUUCUGUUUCAGUUUUGCAUUCGCAUCUUUUCAGUGGUUUUUCAAGUCUGGAAGCGACUGUGGGUUCAGUAGCUUCCCUACAUUUGGUCUCCAAGCAUACUCUCAUAGGUUCUACUUUGAUUUCUCAUCCACAUACGUUGGUGUUGGAAUGAUUUGCCCUUAUAUGGUAAAUGUAUCUUUACUUCUGGGUUCUGUCUUGUCGUGGGGAAUAAUGUGGCCAUUGAUUGAAAAGAAGGCAGGCAUCUGGUACAGUGCCGACUUGCCUGCUAACAGUCUUCAUGGCAUCCAAGGAUAUAGGGUAUUUCUGGCUAUUGCCAUGAUGCUGGGCGACGGGCUUUACCAUGUUGUCUAUAUAAUGGUGAAAACCAUGGUAAAUAUCAUACAGCAGCAUAGCAUGAAGAGGAAAGAAGCAACAGUCAUUAAUACUCACUUCAGCAAUCAGACGCUAGAGUUCAUGUUGGAAAAUUUCGAUGAGAGACGCAGGAAAGAGUUUUUCUUAAAAGAUCAGAUACCUUCAUGGGUUGCUAUCCCUGGGUACAUUUGCCUUGCCGGCUUAUCCAUUGGCGUAAUACCCGUUAUCUUCCCGCAACUCAAACCGUAUCAUGUACUCGUUGCUUACCUUAUGGCUCCCAUUUUGGCCUUCUGCAAUGCCUAUGGAUGUGGACUCACUGACUGGUCUCUAGCCUCCAACUAUGGCAAGAUGGCAAUCAUGGUCUUCAGCUCUUGGGUCGGUCUUGAGAAUGGUGGGGUUCUUGCUGGUCUAGCUUCUUGUGGGGUGAUAAUGAGCAUUGUAUCUACAGCUUCUGAUCUGAUGCAAGACUUCAAGACGGGAUAUCUCACGCUUGCAUCCCCUCGCUCUAUGUUCUUCAGCCAAGUCUUUGGAACCGCCAUAGGAUGUCUCUUCUCCCCUCUGAUCUUCUGGUUUUUCUACAAGGCUUACUCAGUAGGCGACCCUACCGGCUCCUACCCAGCACCUUAUGGCCCCAUGUACCGCGGCAUGGCGCUUCUUGGAGUGGAAGGCGUAGCCUCCCUCCCCAAAAAUUGCCUCGAAUUUGCAAUCUGGUUUUUUGUUGCAGCCCUUCUUAUAAAUCUGAUAACCCAUCUCUUCCAGCGCUAUGAAACCAGGUACAGGAUCUAUAGAUUCAUUCCUAGCCCAAUGUGCAUAGCCAUACCUUUCUAUCUUGGCGGAUACUUUUCCAUUGAUAUGUGUAUUGGGAGCUUGAUUCUUCUCUUCUGGGGUAUGAAGAACAAGCAGAUGGCCAAUGACUUCGGCCCUGCUGUGGCAUCUGGCCUUAUCUGUGGUGAGUCUUUGUGGGGUGUACCUGCAGCUAUGCUCUCUCUUGCUGGCCUCAAAGCUCCAAUUUGCAUGAAGUUCCUUUCAGCCUCUACCAACAAUAAAAUGGAUGCCAUCUUGAGUGGUCUUUGA